CCAUAAUCGAUAACAUAACCUCAUUAUAACGAAACAAUAUUUAGUUUCAGUAAUGGAUAAGAAAGAGAAUAAGUGCUGCACAGAAGAAAGUAUGGCCCAAAAACUAAAAAUAUUAGCUAUACACGGGUACAGACAAAAUGCUGAAACAUUCCGAGCGAAGACUGGAUCUUUUCGUAAGAUGGUUCACAAAUGGGCACAAUUUACUUAUAUUACGGCACCCCAUAAAGUAAUUCUUGUGGACGACGAAAAUGACUUGAAUAAAGAUGAACCAGACAUAGGACAAAGUUUAGAUGACGAACAGUAUGGUUGGUUCUUUAAUAGAGAUGAUAGAACUUUUCGAGGCAUUCGAAAGGGUGGACCUGCAAUAGGAUUUGAAGAAAGUGUGAGGUUAGUCGAGGAUAUAUUUGAAAAAGAAGGACCUUUUGAUGGUAUCUUAAGCUUCUCGCAAGGCGCUUGUUUCGUAGGGAUCCUCUGUAUUCUUCAGCAACGAGGCUUAAUCAAAUUUAGGUUCAGUUUUGCUGUAUUGUCAUCUGGAUUUAAGUCUGGCAGUUUACCACAUUUAAAAUACUACAGUGACAGGAUAAAUUUGCCAUCUUUGCAUAUAUUUGGAGAAAAUGAUAAGAUAAUUCCAACUGAAAUGAGUGAGGCGCUAAGUAAUUGUUUCGAGGAACCAGUCAUAGUAAGGCAUCCAGGAGGUCACUACCUUCCCGCUGGUGCACCACAGAAGCAUGAGUAUCAGAAAUUUUUCAAACUGCAGCUCCUACAGAAACAAUAUGGGGAACAGUUUGUAGAGAAAAUGGAAAAUGUAUGAAGUAAUACUCCAUCUUGUAUAUAUUUCUACAACUUGUUAGGAAGAAUUUUAUUUAUUAUCAUAAGAUGUGAAAUAAAUGUUUUUAUUAAUUUUUGUUAUUAAAUUCCAGUUUCUCUUAAAUAUACUACAUUAGUU